GCUGAGACCCACACCAACAUCUCGAGAAACAGGGCAAGAAUUGUGAGCGAAAUCUUCUGAUCCAUCCCUGUAUCGGCGAGGCCGGUCGCCGAGCAGGAUGGAGCAGCUCCGGCAGCUCGGCGAGGCGGUGGGCGCCAUCAACGCGCUCAUGGCGUUCGAGCUCGAGCUCCGGAUCAACCCGCGGCAGUGCCGCCUCCUCGCGGACGCCUGCGCGCACGCGCUGGACGCGGUGACCGGCGAGGUCCGCGCCAGCCUCCGCUUCGACGAGCGCGGCACCAAGUGGCGCGCCAUCGAGGCCCCUCUCCGCGAGCUCCACCGCGCGCUCCGCGACGCCGAGGCCUACGUCCGGCAGUGCCUCGACCCGCGCGGCAGCUGGUGGGCGCGCGCCGCGGCCGUGGCGCACGGCACGGACUGCGUCGAGCACCUCCUCCACAACAUUCUGUGGUGCGUCUCCGUCGCGGUCGAGGCCGUCGAGACCGCCGGGGAGAUCGCGGGCUCCGACGCGGACGACCUCGCUCGGACGCGGCUGGUGCUCACCAGGAAGUACGACGGGGACAUGCUCGACCCCAAGCUGUUCCAGCGCGCGCACGGUAAGCGGUACCUGGUAUCCCAGGAACUCGUUGCUCGGAUGGACGCCGCGUGGAAGGAGGACAGGUGGCUGCUGUCGCAGCUGCUCGACGAAAUGACGGGCCCCGCCGCGCCAAAGCGCCUGACGAGGAACGAGCAGCGCCUGGCCGAGGUCCUGGCCGCGCCGAGGGGGAAGCUGCACCCGGCGUCCAUCCUGCUGGGAGGCGAUUACAGCGUUCGCAGGCGGCUCGGCGGCCGCCUCAAGGAGGUGCAAUGGAUGGGGGAGAGCUUCGCGGUGAAGCACAUCAUCGGGGACGGCGAGGCGGUCGGCGCCGAGGUCGCGCUCCUGUCCUCGGUGGCGCACCCGAACGUCGCGCACGCCGCGCACUGCUUCCACGACGAGGACAGGAAGGAGUACUUCGUCGUCAUGGACCAGCUCAUGGCCAAGGACCUGGGGAGCUACGUCAAGGAGGUGAGCUGCCCGCGGCGGCGGACACCGUUCCCGCUCGUCGUCGCCGUGGACAUCAUGCUGCAGAUCGCGCGCGGGAUGGAGUACCUGCACGCCAAGGGGAUCUGCCACGGCGAGCUCAACCCGUCCAAUGUGCUCGUCAAGCCGCGGCAACCCGACGGCGGCUACGUGCAGGUCAAGGUCACGGAGUUCGGGCAGUCCGGCGCAAAAGCGUCUGCUAAUGGCAAUGCCAACGGCGAUGACAACACCUGCAUCUGGUACGCACCGGAGGUGCUCAAGCCGGAGGGCGCGGACGCGGAGGCCAGGUGCACCGAGAAGGCCGACGUGUACAGCUUCGCGAUGAUCUGCUUCGAGCUGCUGACCGGCAAGGUGCCGUUCGAGGACAACCACCUGCAGGGCGACAAAACGAGCAAGAACAUCCGCGCCGGCGAGCGGCCUCUGUUCCCUUUCCAGACGCCCAAGUACCUCACCGCCCUCACGAAGCGAUGCUGGCACGCCGACCCGGCGCAGCGGCCGGGGUUCUCCUCCGUCUGCCGCGUGCUCCGGUACGUGAAGCGUUUCCUGGUCAUGAACCCGGAGCAGCAGCAGCAGGCCGACGCGCCCGUGGUGCCACCCGUCGACUACCUCGACUUGGAGAUGCAGCUGCUGAGGAGGCUCCCGGCGUGGCAGCGCGGCGAGGGGGCUCGCGUCUCGGACGUGCCGUUCCAGAUGUUCGCGUACAGGGUCGUGGAGAGGGAGAAGACCACCGCCGUGCUGCACGCCAAGGACAAGCUAGCGUCCGACUCGGGCAGCGAAGGGAACUCGCUGUACGGCGACGAGAACGGCCUCGGGGCCAUGUCGCCGGACCACCCCUCGAACGGCACCGUGCGGCCGCUGCCUGAUAGCAGCGACGGCAAGAAGCCGCCGGCAUCGGCAAAGAAGGCGGACGGCAAGGCGUCCAACUCCAAGCAACCAGGGUCUGUUCAGAAGGUGAAGCCAGCGAACACCGCGAAGACUCCGCAGGCACCAAGACGGACGCUCGGCGUGAAGACCGACGGCCUCUCCUAG